UCCAGGGUGUGGCGUUUCAAGCGCGGCCGUCCAAACGAACAAACAGGGAGUCAAGAAGCCAUUGGUUCGGUUGAUUCAAAGUCCAGAAAAGCUUUCGUUUCUCCUCGAAAGUCGUCAGUAAAUGGUAAAUGUAGGAUUCUUUCAUUUGCCCGCUGCUUAAUUUCAGCCAAUCAGGUGUGCAACCCACACGCAACGUGAUUAAUAUUCAUGAAUCAUGAGCCAAUCCUUCAACAGAUUCGGCGGUUUGAUCAGUGAAUAAGAACAUUGCUCCUCUGCUUAAACUUGUUUUCCGAUUAUUUUUAAGAUAUUAUGUAAUGCAAUACAAUCCUCUUUCCCAAGAAGGAGACUGAACGGCGAUGGAACAGGUAGCCUGCAGCAAUUUCAGAUCCAUAAGGGCCAAGUUUCAGGAAGAGCUCCAGGUGAGGGACAGACCUGUGCUUCCCGAGAAACCCAAACGCCUCCCGACAGCCGGCGUGGGCCGCUCUGGUCCGAUAACCACGAGCUGUUCAGCUGUGGAAACCAUGAGUUCAGCUGUGGAAACCAAGACCCCUAGUCUACCCCGGGCCAUUUUCAGAGAAGACCUGAAAACGCCCUUUGGGAGACGGCCUGUGUCUUUCCCAAGCUUCCCCAACACAACAUCUGAAGUCAGCAGGUCUGGUGAGGACAGGCACAACAGGCAGUCGCUCAAAGGUCGGCAUUUGCCCCUCGUGUUGCCGCUUUCAAACGAGCCACCGCAUGAUUCUUCAGCUCCUUGCUCAAAGAGAAUCCCAUCACCUCUCAAAUGCAUCCGGAAGCAAUUCCCUACGCCUUUCAGCUUGACCAAAGUUUCAGCGUCUGGCAAAGACAUGGGUAAAAAUGGUCCUAAAAGUACUCAGAGUGUUGAGACCGGAGAGUCAAACCCGUGUGCGAGUCUCGAGCGCUCCGCUACUCCUUCUCCGAGCGACGGAUCGUCCCUGACGGACUCGUCUUCUGGGACGGGGAGUGUUAGCCACUUCUUUGACCAGCAUGUGUUGAGCACGCUGGAGAAAGCCAAGAGGAAGCUGUCCCACAAGAGCCUGCUGGUGUGUGGCCGACCCAAGGGCUUCUACAUCAGCAAAGCCACCGAGAGUCCUCCAUCUCCUCCUGCCCGUCCAGAGACGUCCUCUCCUCGGAAGAGCAGAGCGGCACACACCGCUGUGACGGAGCUGGCUUCAGUCCUGCAGACCGGACCACCACGCAAACCUCUCCCUGUCCCCACAUCCCUCGCGCCGGGGCCCUCAAAGCCUCCGCGACCCCCGCGUGUGGACCUCCACAGAUACACGGCUGCACGACACGCCACUGAAGCGCUCGCUGCUGAACCGGAGCCUGAGGUUUCUGCUCCCGCUGAUGCGUCACUAGAGGACACGAGUUUACCUCCUCCCGAAUUCCCCGAUUUUGAAGUGUGUGCAGCCGAAGCGGCGGACAGCGACGCCGUCGACCUGGCAGCCCUGGAGCUGGAGGCCACAGAGUUCCCCGACUCCUUGCCUCCUCCUCCACCAGAGGAACACGACAACCCGGUCACAUGUUCUCCCGGGGAUGAUGGACCACACGACACGCCGUCAGCUGACGCUCUCGCUCAGGCCACAAGCGCAGGCGUCUCUGCCACCUCUGACCUCAGGAUGAACGGAUCACACACUGAACACCAGCAACCAGUUUUUCCUAAGGAGAGGCGUGUGCAUGGGACAUUUGACAAUGUUUAUGAGGAUGUGGAGACUGUUCCCAAGUUUCCUUUUGUCCAACACUCGUUCAAGAGUAAAGCAGCUCCUAAAAACCCGUAUGCGGAUAACGGCCAUGUGAAAGAAGAGACUUGGAAGAAUAUAUGGCAUGUCCCUCAGUGGUCUAAUGCAGCUGAAGAUCACAAUGGCCACAGUCACAACGACAGAAAGAAGAUGAGCCCUGAACACCAGGAGGAUAAAGAGCUGAAGAAGAAGGAGAAGCAGCGUCUGGAGAAGGAGAAGAAAGAGCAGAAAGAGAAGGACAAAAAGAGAAACAUGUUGCACAAGAAAUUUAAAAUCACCGGACUGGAAGAGCCCAUGUAUCGCGCCCGAGUGCUGGCGGCCAGCAAACUCCGCAAAUACGACCUGCCCGUCAAAAGUGGGGAUCUCAUCAGCAUCAUCCGAACGGUCAACUGCCCCAAGGGCAAAUGGCUGGCCCGAGACGCCAACAACAAAUACGGCUACAUCUCCGUGAUGAAUGUGGAGUUGAACAUCAAGGAGAUGCUGGAGCUGGGGAAGAAGGCGUCGCAGGCCGCCGGACGAGGCCAGACCGACGGAGAUAACCUCAGCUUCAGCAGCAGGUCGUCUCAUCAGAAUCCGGUGUUCACCAGCAGCUUCACGGAUGACAGUGAGGAGUGGAUGUAUGAGGAUGACACCUUGUCUCUCUCCGCUGAAAACUCGAGUCAGGUGAAAGCGGUCUCCAUGCCUGAGAUCUUCGACAGCACCUCCUCGGCUCAUCAGACGUUCAGUGACUGGAGCAUUGAAGACGUCCACACACAAGAAGCAGAACACUUCCAGUUUGCAGAUGUUGAUCUUCUGCCUCCUCCGGCACUUUACGCCGACUCUCUUUGAGCCUGCGUGAGGUUGAUUUCAUACCUCGAUCAUAACCAAGGAAAUCCACAUUUCUUCAGGAGCUGGCGUUUGGAAAAAACUGGGCUUCAGUUUUACAGGUCGUCAGUCCUGUGUCUGAAGACUCGGUUUAACAUUACAAGUGCAAAGAGAAAAACUGUGGCGUUUAAUGAAAGUGAACUCUUGAGGUUUGAAGUGUUGCAUUGGCACUGAGCGGCGAGGGCUCGAUCGAGGACGGAUAACACAAUGGCAGAUUAGGGGUUUUAAUGAAAUGAGGGUGUGGCACUUUGUCAUAUAUGAACUAUUGAAUGACUUGCUAAAGGAUUGAGAGAAACUUGUGCAUGUUAUCGAUUAAUUCACCUUUGCUUUUGUCGUUGUGUAUCUCAUUGUGUGGGAACUUUGGAAGUUGGUGGUUUGAUUACAUGUUUAUAAAUGAAAACAUAACUUGUAAAUGUUGGCGUGAAAUAAAUGGAUCCAGCAGUGA